ACACCCAACCUCCUAAUCUCCCCAAUCUAACUAACCAAUAAUUAAAAAGAGACCUAAUUAAUUAAAAUUAGAAAUCAUUAAGAAAGCCACUUCAAUAUAAUACCCAAUUGUCUAAACUACUUCCCACAUUCCAUACCCAUCCUCUCUGUCUCUCUCCCUCUCCUCUCUCCCUUGUAAUGCAAGAAGAAGAACACAACCCAAGAAUUACAAUGGGAAAAGCCACCCGGAUUCUCAGAAGAUCAAUCCACACAUUCCUCCAACACUACCAGGACUUCACCUCCAUUGUGGCACUCAUAGCCUUUCCUUUCUCAGUCUCAGUCCUAAUCUCCCAAGCCAUUGUUCCUUCUUCAACCUCAUCUCUAUUCCCAACCAUCCACAACCGCCUCCGGAGUCUUUUUGAUGCAGCAGGGCUCCCACCAUCUUCACAAUUCUUCACAAUUCUCACCCAGAAACUCUCCCAAACAAUCUCUUCCGCAAUUUUCACACUACCCUUCACCCUAACUUUCCUCCUGAUCACCAAAACCUCCAUAAUCCAAGCCCUCAGUUCCCACAAGAACCCAUCUAUCACUUCUGCACUAUCUCUCUACCCUUCAAUUCUGAUAACCCAUCUCUGCAACUCCCUCCUAAUCCUCUCUGCAAAUGCAACUGUGUUUUCUCUCCUAUUCAUCGCCUUCAACUUUCUCGAGGGACUUGGGUUCUCUGACUCACACAAGACCCUACUCUUCUUAUCAGCAUCUGGGGCAGUAUUGUAUUCUAUUGUUCUUGCCAAUGCUCUUAUUAUUUGCAACAUGGCAUUGGUUAUAUCAGGGACAGAGAAGAGUGGGGGUUACUUGACAAUUCUCAAGGCGUGUUUAGUAAUCAGAGGAAGAACUUCAACUGCUCUGUUUUUGGCUCUACCUGUCAGCUUGGGAUUGGCUGCAAUUGAGGCAUUGUUUCAAUACAGGGUUGUAAGGGCUUACCACUUUGAAGGAAAGCUUGGAUCUUCAAUGGUUUUGGAGGGAGUUUUCAUUGCUUACUUGUACUCAAUCCUUGUGGUUCUUGACACAGUUGUCAGCUUCAUGUUCUUCAGGAGCUGCAAGACAAGUUCUUGGAUUGAAAUCACAGAUGAAGAAACUGGUGGUUAUACCAAUUUGAAGACUGCUUUGAAGGAAGUCUCAUGAAUGGAUUGGGGUUCACAAUUUCAUUAUUCUUUAUAGAAAAUUACAAAUUAUUAUAAAGAAUUUGUAUGAUUGUAUCUUCAAAGUUGAUUUCAUUUUGCUUGGUAAUGACGCCAGGCAACUUUCCAGGGCAUAAAGAAGAAGACAAACCCUGAACAGGAAACGAAAAUUGUACACAAACCUUUGCUCAUUGGUACAUUCCAUUUCUACUCUUUUUUUCCCCUUUUCACUUGGGUCUCUUUUUCGUUAGAUUUAGGUCAAGUUUCAGACUUUCAGUGUAAUUGUACCCUCAGAGUAGUUGAGAAAGGGAAAAGAGACUGGAACUUUACCUUGAAUAUAAAUAUAGGAACUUUAAUAGAUGAUAUGCUUUUCAAUUGGGAUUCUGUUCAGUCAGUAUUCUACAUUUCAGGCAAUGUUGAUUACUUGUGCCGUUU